GUCCCCCCCCCCCCCCCCCAAAUCUCCCAGGUUGUCAUUCCUACUUGUAUCGUACCUCCUCUCGCCCAUCACUGCUCGCGAUAUUCCAAGCGGAUAGAUAUCCAAGACUCUUAGAUUGCUCAAUGGCCUCGAUUCCCACGCCUUCUCUCGUCGCCCAGGCUGCUGCGAUUCUCGAGGCCGCGACCAGUCUCCAGCGUCAGCUUGAGCAGCACGGCCUGCAGCAGCCCUCGUUUGAGGCGGGGGGCCGCAAGGAUUGGCACGAUGCCAUCGAGCACCCCGAGGUCUUGAGGGCCAGGUCCGCGCUAAUAGACGCGAGUAACCUGAUGCUGAACAUGGCCCUAGGGCCCAUGGACAUCCUGUCUUCCCUCGUCGGCCCGGCCGUCAGCAAAGUCGACGUUUUCCGGACUCUCGACGCGCUAGGCGUGUCCGAGGCGGUCCCGCUGGACACUCCCAUCAGCAUAGACGACCUAGCGGCAAGAGUGGGGGCGAAUCCGAGGCUGCUGCGGCAGCAGCUGAGGUUUGCCUAUCUCAUGGGCAUUUUCUACGAACCUCGCGAAGGGUACGUCGCCCACACCUCCAUCUCGGCUGCGAUCCCGUCGCUGUCGGCCUGGACCCGGAUGCGCUUGGGGUAUCUGAUGAGCAGCGGCGCGUGGAGGAUACCGGAGGCGUUAAGGAUCUGGCAAGAUUCCCCUCCUCCUGGACACGUUCAAGUCCCCGUCUCCUUGGCCGAUUCGAAGGGCCGGGACUUCUGGAGCGCUCUCCAAGAGGAGGACCCCGAAAAUAGGGGUAUGGAGAAAUUCAGCUCGGCUAUGAAGGCGCUCUUCGCCAGUCACUCGGGGAAUUCGCUAGGGCCGUUCGUUACCGGCUUUGACUGGGCGGGUCUGGGCGAUGGUCUGGUGGUCGACGUGGGAGGCGGCAACGGCCACAUAGAAGUCAGUAUCCUGAACGCGGUCCCCUCGGGCCUGAACUUUGUGAUCCAGGACCAAGAAACGAACAGGGGUCUGGCGAUCGAGAAUAUCAGGCAGCACGGGGCAGCAGAUCGCAUCCAAUUCCAAGUCCACGACUUCUUCCAUCCCCAACCACCGCACCUACGGCCCAAGGCCUACCUCCUGAGCCGGAUAUUGCACGACUGGCAGGACGGGGACUGCGUGAGGAUACUCCGGAACCUCGUCCCCGGGAUGGAGGAGCACGCCGCCCAGCUCUUCGUCAUGGAGCGCGUCCUCCCCGACCGCAGCGGGGACAUCCCGAACCACAUGGAGCAGCUCAUCAGGACGCAGGACUUGCUGAUGUUCACGGAGCGAUGAAACAUGUCUUUCAACCUUUCUCCAGCAACGACUAGAUCUAGGUAUAUAUAACAUGGUGAAAAUAGAGAGCGAUGGAUAGGUACCUAAUAUACUGCCAAUCGGUUACAGUUGGCGGAUAUUGGUUGAGGGACAGUGCCUAUAACGUUGUAUAGGUAGAUUCGCUUCGGCACGAGGCUUUCGUAUAGACCUUUAGAAUGAAACUCGGUCGCUCGCGGGUAUAUGCCGACCUCUUUAGCGGUUCCCCUUCCCCUAUUUAUGUAUAUCUGGGUAGGAAAUAACGCGGUAAUGACGAGUAGCACUUAUGCGGGGUUCCACAGGGGUUGCCUACCUUUCUAUGUCCCGAAUUUGGCGAAUGCUGGGAGACGACAGGCCGUACCACUCCGUGUUCCGGGGCGAUGCCCGCACGCACUGGGUGCUUCAAUGUAAGGCAGGACUAAGUGCGGAUUCUCGGGGAGCCGGUCGAGUCGUUGGGAGUAGGGUUGAUAGAGUUGUACCUGAGCAAAGGUGAGAGUCGCCACGAAGACACGCCAGCCGAGUAGACUACUAAUAGGACGGAAGCAGAAACGAGAUGUCGCCCAGUUCACGUGCGUUGCCCCCUCUCCCCCUUUAUUUAAGCGGGCAGGCAUAUUAGAUAUGGGGCCAGGUGAGGGCGCACCCUCAGGAACCGGGGCGCAUGCGUGUAACAGGUAAGCGGUCGCGUCUAUAAGUACCCAGACCC